UAGCCACUUUGAACUAUUUAUUUUCAAUACUGCAACCACACAGAGUACUCAGUCAUACGUGUUACUAACUUACCGAUAGAGGCCAUAUCGUUUACAAUAUUUGGAGUUUGAGAGUGUGAUAAUAUUAAUCAGAAAAAAAUGAAAGUUCUUUUAAAACAUAUCAAGAUCCUACUUCUAAUAAUAACGUGUUGUUUGCUCCGCUCCGCAUACAGUGUUUCUCUUUUUGGUGUCGAUUUAACAGGACCAGUAAAAAUUGUGAAAACUGGAAUCGGACAAAUAACGAAACCACUACACCCACCUUCAACAAUACAACCUACACUGCAAUCUUCAACAAAUAAGUUAACGCAGGAAAACAACUUCUCUACCCGCAAGCCAAUCAAAGAUGACCCUCAGAAACCUGACCCUAAUAACCCUCAGAAAAUUACCAGACCCGUAGAAUCUAGUCAGAACAGUGGGUCAAAACUGGAGUCCGAUUUGGACACACUUGGUUGGUCGGAAACAGGCGUUGAUUACACUACUGAGACUGAUAAUGAGACAACAACUGAUAUAAACAGCAUCGGAGGUCCCCCGCCCGCGGUGCUAGCCUCGCUUCUUGGCAGUGGUUGAACAUGGGUACACUAAUAUUAUUCAGUCUAAACAUAAAACUUCUAUCAUAGGAACUUUUAUUUAAUAUUUAUUCUAAGGGUUAUUUACAUUACAUUACACAGUCUGAAAAUAGAUUGUAAUGAAAUCCUAUUUCGUUUGCUUUU